CAGUGUACGGGCGGCAGCAUCGCUGCGGUCUGAGGCAGUCUAAUCAGUGGGCUAAUGCAUCUGCAAUAACUGUAGCCUAUGCUAUGCAAGCAACGGACAUUAAUUUCAAACUUCGUCUGUCUUAGCCGGAACUUCAUGGAUGUCAUCCACAUCGUACACAAAUUAAGGUUGUCAGCCAAGCGUUGGCGAGUUUACGGCUUCUAGCCAUGGUAGUUCACGCAGGCAGUAUCUUCAUUAUUAUACGCCGUGCCACUACUGUCGGCAGCAGGACCGUCCGACCAGCAGCCGGUGUGAUAUUCAGCGAAAUAGCGUAGCUAUGGCUAGCUGCAGAUUCAACGGAGGUGUGAUGCGGCCGCUCAGCAACUUCAGCUCCUCUCGCAGAAACCUGCACGAGUUUGAUUUAGAGUCGCAGCCUUUACAACCGGUAUCUGGCACAGAUACGUCCGAAAUCGUGGUUUCCAAACCGGAUCAUAACUCAACUAACCUCAUGCCUCACGCAUCAAUCGAAGGAGGGGGAGGAUGUAACAGUAGUGGAAACAAAUCGGGUAAAAAGAAAAAUCAGAAUAUUGGGCAAAAGCUUGGACACAGACGAGCCUUAUUUGAAAAAAGAAAACGCCUGAGCGAUUAUGCCUUGAUCUUCGGAAUGUUUGGAAUCGUCGUUAUGGUUAUUGAAACAGAACUCUCUUGGGGAGCCUAUGGGAAGGAGUCGCUUUAUUCAUUAGCUCUUAAAUGCCUGAUAAGCCUUUCCACGCUCAUCCUGCUGGGCUUGAUUAUCAUAUACCAUGCAAGGGAAAUUCAGUUAUUUAUGGUGGACAAUGCUGCUGACGACUGGAGAAUAGCCAUGACGUAUGAGCGAAUCUUCUUCAUCUGCUUGGAGAUGCUAGUGUGCGCUAUCCAUCCCAUCCCCGGGAACUACACCUUCACCUGGACGGCGCGCCUGGCCUUCUCCUACACUCCAUCCAAGACAGACGCAGACGUGGAUAUCAUUCUCUCCAUCCCAAUGUUCCUCAGACUGUACCUCAUCGCCCGGGUCAUGCUCCUACACAGCAAGCUCUUCACCGACGCCUCAUCCAGAAGCAUUGGAGCGCUAAACAAAAUCAACUUUAAUACUCGAUUUGUUAUGAAGACACUGAUGACUAUUUGCCCGGGGACCGUACUGCUGGUUUUCACCAUUUCUCUGUGGAUAAUCGCUGCAUGGACAGUUCGGGCGUGUGAAAGGUACCAUGACAACACGGAUAUAACCAGCAACUUCCUCGGUGCCAUGUGGUUGAUUUCAAUCACUUUUCUCACAAUUGGAUAUGGGGACAUGGUGCCUAAUACCUACUGUGGGAAAGGGGUUUGCCUCCUCACGGGCAUAAUGGGGGCUGGAUGCACUGCUUUGGUGGUUGCCGUUGUUGCAAAGAAAUUGGAAUUAACCAAAGCUGAAAAACAUGUACACAAUUUCAUGAUGGAUACACAGCUGACAAAAAGAGUGAAAAAUACUGCUGCAAAUGUACUCAGGGAGACGUGGUUAAUCUACAAGAACACAAAACUUGUUCGGAAGAUGGACCAUGCCAGAGUUAGGAAGCACCAAAGAAAAUUUUUACAAGCAAUCCAUCAGUGA